AUGGAAUCAGAACAUAAUGUAAAUGCAAGCAAUUUAGAAAAUAACAAUACAAAAUCGACCGAUGAACAAAACAUGACAGCAAUAUCACAUUUUUCAAGAAAAUCGUCGCCGUUGCGAAGUUCGCUAAUGAAACGCGAAAAUCGAAAUCGUUCAUCGCAAACCAAAUUUGUUAGUUUCAGUACACAAAAACAUGAAAAGAAAAUAUGCGAUGUGUCAGAUUGUAUACAAAUGAUGCAAAAUGAAACAGAAUUCAUCAAAUUACGAACAAAUAUCCGUCAAUUUCGUCGAACUUUUGCUUUAGAUUCAAAUUUGUCACACAUACAUUGGACGCCAACCAACAAAAAACCUCAUAAAGCUAAAAUAGCUAUUGAAAGUAUCAAAGAAGUGCGCAUUGGACGAAAUACCGAAUUGCAUCGCGCAACAGAAACUUAUGCUAAUGACAUGCAGGUUGAUAAGAUAAAAUAUGAUUAA